AUGUAUAAGUGCAUCCUCGCUCUAUCAGCCCUGGCCCCCUUGGCCGCGGCCAAUUGUGCCCACGGGACGAGUCUCUUCCCUCGCAGCCAGGCACUGAGUGUCGAUGUGGCCGUUUUCGGCUUCAACGGGCUUGAGGGUCCCCUCAACUGGCACGCCCUGCACGAGGACAACCUCGACUGCGCCGUUGGCGAAAACCAGAGCCCCAUCAACAUCGAGUCGGCAACUAUCGACAAGGCCUGCGGCAGCUCCCUGCACUUCCAACUCGACGACCACCCCAACGGCGCCGAGUUUUUCAACCUGGGCAGCACAGUCGAGGCCGAGGCCACCGGCACCAUCAACCUGAGGAACAAGACGUACAACCUGGUCCAGUUCCACUUCCACACCCCCAGCGAGCACCGCAUCGAUAGCGAGUACUAUCCCGAGGAGGUGCAUUUCGUCUUCCAGGCCUCUGACGGAGCCCUUGCCGUUGUCGGCGUCCUCAUCGAGAUCGGCACGGAUGAAGAAGCGUCGUCGCUGCUGAUCGACGUGUUCGAGAAUCUCGAAGAUAUCGCGAUCCCGGGCGACGAGACGCACACGGGUCCUCUUGACUUUGGCGAACUCGAGGCUCACAUCCAGUCGUCUGAGAUCUUCCAGUACAGCGGCUCUCUGACCACCCCGCCCUGCACCCAGGAUAUCGCAUGGAACGUUGUCAAGAACCCCAUUUACAUCGAUGUUGACACCUUCCGUCGCUCCAAGUCGGUCAUGAAGUUCAACUCGCGGUACACCCAGAACACGCCUGGCCAGAUCAACCUGCUCAGCAACGCCUGCAACGGCAUCUAG